UGGAAAACCCUACCAAUCAAGAAUCUUGCAUUCAAGAUUGAUACUCUCUCUUACGAUGGACCGGGGAGGGACAUAUCAUGGAAUGAUGUACCAUGUUACAAGCUAAAAAGCAGUUUUCGUUCCGACGAGUGGGCUUUUCAAGGUGUUGAAAGUAUUGCACUUUUACUCCGGCGUAAGUGUGAAGUCAUCUUUAUUGCAGCUGAUAAUAAAAACAUGUUGGAGGGUGAUACCUGGGUCUACUCUUUGGACUUGCAAAGCAAUGCAUUUCGAGAGCAAAUGGGGGACUUUUGGACUGGCGUCACUUGGAAAAUCCAACUUGCAAGGAUGGACCAUCAUUACGAUGCAGAUCUGUGGAGAAUCGAGGAUGAAUGGAAGCCAGACUUCAUACGAUGGCAUCUGGAGCAAUAUUCAAUCUGCCUCCAAAUAAGCACCAUACCCGCUGCGUGGACUGUCGCACAUAGUCCCAUCCUACAUUACAGUCAUGGGGAAGAGCUCGAGACCCGUCUUGCUAGAUCGAAACCGAAUCUUCUUGAGGGUGGUGAUGGUACUACAUACAAUGGGCCUCAGUGAUAGUAUUCAGGAGAUUAAAUCAUUUAGGAACACACUGCCGGGAGCGUUCCACUAGUUGGACAAGGGCAGUGGCAUCGGAUUGGAUGGGGGUCAUUAUGCCAAGUCUGCAGUCAAAUAGGAUUUAUCAACAAAAUUUCUUUACCAGAAAACAGGAAUCUAUA